GACUCGCCGGAGCAGCCGCAAGCAGCAGGCUAAAGCUGGCCACAGCUAGUAGCGAUUCAUUCAAAAACAACGCUCUUUCUUGAAUUUGGAGCAUCUAAAGGAGAGCUUGGCAUUUUAAGGCUUUUGUAACGAUUAUUGAAGUUCACCUAUUGGAAGGAAACGCUUGAAAUGAAAAUCUGGACGUCAGAACAUACAUUCAAUCAUCCAUGGGAGACUGUUGCCCAGGCUGCAUGGCGCAAAUACCCCAAUCCAAUGAACCCUGCUGUGGUUGGCAUUGAUGUGGUAGACAGACAGGUGCAUAAUGGUGUCCUCAAGAGUCAUCGCCUUAUCAGCACAGCAUGGGGAUUUCCUGCAUGGGCACAGAGGAUUCUGGGUGCUGACCGAACCUGCUAUGCUAGCGAACACUCUGUGGUGGAUCCUGCACGGCGUACCAUGACUAUGCUGUCAAGAAACCUGACCUUCUGUAAUGAGAUUUCCAUUGUGGAAAAACUUACCUACACAGAACACCCUCAGCACAAGGGCAACACAUUAAUGACUCAGGAAGCAGUCAUCACAAUCAGGGGUGUGCCUUUGAGCAGCUACUUGGAAGACUUCGUAGCCAAAGCAAUCUCUUCAAAUGCUGGAAAGGGACGCUUGGCUAUGGAGUGGGUUAUUGGUCGUAUGAGCCAAGAGGUACAAGAACUGACAAGCCGAACUGUGAAGAGCGUCGACGGGAUCAUCACAUCAGCUGCCAAGAAAAGUAUGGAUGACUUGAGCCACUUGGCUGCAUCAGAGCCACACUACCACUUCAAGAACUGACACUGGGCCCUAGCUAACUGCAUGUUUUUAAAAGGAAGAAGCAAGACACCAGAUUAGGAAACUUAACCAAUUGAGGACAAGUGGCUACCUGUCUGAAUGGCCAUUUGUGCUUUUUGUGUCAAUAUGAGCAUGGUGAUGGAAGAGCUCAUCUUGAAAGGUGGACAUUUUUAGGUUGUCAGUGUUUGUGGAGGUCUUUGACCAAUUUCCAUCGUGGUGUGCCCACACGAAGGUUGUGCAUUUGUCAUGCAUGUACUAUGUUCUUGAUGUGUUUCGCAUUCAAAUGAGCACAGUGCGCACAUGGACAGCUGCGUGACAUGUUGGCAGGGACUGCUUUGUCACUGUUGAAAGGCGAGUCAGGCUAGCUGGCUGGAAUUAGUGUGUGCAGUUGAGUGCAUGUUUGUGGCACUGUAGAUUGUCCAUUUAUAUGAGUGGAUCUGCAGCAGUGACUUUUUUUUUUUAAGGAAGUCUGGAAGUGAGUGGAUGCUGCUCUGGAGGAGCCUUGUAUUUUUGUCAGAAUUGCAUUUGCUAGUACUUUUUAGCCAGUUGGUGUAAACAGAUUGAGAUUUCUCUCAUACUGUAGCUAAUAAACUUGCAUUCUCAUUUGGCUCAAAGAUGGUAUUUGUUCCAGAAAUGGAAAUCAAAAUUUUAAAUAGAUUGGUCAUAAGGGUAGUGAUGCUAGAAAUAACUGGUAUUUGGUCUUUGUCAUGAUACCAAAGUUGUAACCUCAGGCAGUUUUUCUGCAGCGGGCUGGGGAGAAUUAUACUGGUCUUUUGCCUGUGCUGUAGUGUAUGCUUUAUGUAUGUGCUGUACCAGCUCACUAGUGUCAGCUGCAUGUUAUUUAAUAUUUGUGAACAUAGGCAUUCAAUUUUAUUAUGUAAUGGAAUACAUUUUUGUGCCAGCACAUUUCUUGGUUUCUGUUUAGGGAGCCACUUCAUGUAUGUGAACCCUUGCAGACCAGUUGUGCAACGAUUAUACACUAGAAAUCCUGAUGUGCUUUUCUGCAAUUUGCAGAAAUGCUACUGUUCAUGCAUAUUGCAUUUUUUUAGGUGUCUUCAAAUAAUGCAUGUUGCCGCAGAAUGUGGAGAUACGUACAAGCCUAUAAACUAUGCUUCCUAUGGCAGAUCUUUUCAUUCUUGCAGAUUCAUUCAGAGGGUGCAUUAGGUUUUUCUCAUCUUUCUGCUGCUGUUGUGAAGCUUGUAUUGUAAGCAAGAUCAUUGUUACAUGUUGAUUUAACUUGUGUUAUCAGCUACAGUGAAAAUGAGAUUUCGAAAUGUUACUCGUUUAUUUCGGCAAAUAAUGUGGUUACAUACUGUUAUGUAUGAAUACUUUCUUCAGCGUAAUGCAGUAGCUUUUCAUUUAGAAUUGCAAAUGUUGAUCUGGUGGAUGUGUGGGGAGGCUUUGAGUAUUGGGACUCUUCCUACAUAAUAUGACAGGGGUUUCAAACAUGUAGCCUGUGGAACACCUUUGUGACUCGCUUGUGCUCGCACAUCCUAGACCCUGUCGCAGUGUGGCCUGCGAGAGCCAGGUACCAUGUCUGCAGCUCAAUGCCCGACUUGAGACCUCAGCUGUUAAGAGUCCCAGAAAGCAUGAUGGUCAUGCUGCAGGAUGCAUUCUGUCGAACAGUUUAAUAAAAAUCCUGCGUUGAGAACAAGUAGUCCAGCAACUGCAGCCAAAUUUGCAAGCACACAUUUUUUUUACUGCAUUGAAAAAAUGUGCCACAGAUGCUUUUCUUUGUUUUUUGUUGUGUUCAAGCAGUUGGUAGAGGCGGAAGAUUUUUAUGAAAGCAUAGUUAUGGUAGUGCAGAGCCUCACUUUUAAUCUGAAAUCUAGAGGAAGGUGUGCAGGCAUAAUAAUUCAAUUUGCUGCAAUUGAAGACACAAGUGUGACUGCCACUUUCGCUAGGUCUUUCAAAUGUGAUCAUGUAGUCUAGCGCACAACUGCACCCGUCUCUCAUGUCAGCUGUUGGCUGCAUACAUUUCUUGUUUGUACCUGCCAAUUGUGUUGCCUAACACUUUUACUGUUUCGCUGCUGCAAAUUUGUCAGUCUUGGAGCACAAUUUUUGGUGUUGUGAUUUUAUAGGUGCCGACGUGUUUGACUGUGGCCCGUGUUGCAGGGCUGUAUCGUGCAAAGUUGCGUCCAGUGUCUUGACUUUGGUUGCUUGCGCAACCGUGAAAUACAGCUUUGUGUAAGCAAUGUGGGAUCAGCCAGUACCUUGAAACAUUCUUCCACUCUUGCUUUAGCAUAGAUGUUGGACUGAGUAGACGGAGAGUGUGCAUGCAUGCAUUUGCUCCGGGAACAAAGGAAACAGGCUAUUUUUAUAAUGACCUGAACGUUUAAACAUUUGAUGCAAACCACACCUUGAUAUGUAUACGUGAAUACAGCCAUGUACUGUACAGUAUUUAAUUCUCCAGAUUAGAGUUUUCUCUACAACAGGCAAGCUUAAAAAGAGAAGUGCUGUAAACAGUUUGGUACAAAUAAAAAUGGGAACAUUGUCACUGA